AUGAGCAUAUAUGCGAAAUGGCCUGUGCCACCUACCCAGGUUGUAGUAGCUGUUAGUAAUGCUUAUGGCCGUGUCCGGAAGCCAUUGGGCUUCAAGCUUGUUGGUUUGUUUUCAAACUUUGAAAUAUUGAUUGGAGGGAGCCAAUCUGGCAGCAAUGCUGAUUGUUCCAUCUGGAUGCCAAUUCCCCCUCCAGGCUACACUGCUGUUGGCUGUGUAGCACAAGUGGGAAGCCAGCCACCUUCCAAUCAUGUUGUCUAUUGCCUUCGAUCUGAUCUAGUAACAUCUACGACAUAUUCAGAUUGCAUAUUUUAUGUCCCACCACAACCGAGGGCUUUGUCUGGUUUUAGUAUAUGGCAUGUUGAUAAUGUUCUUGGCUCUUUUUAUGCACACUCAUCAGUGGAUUACCCCUCUAAGGAUGAAAGUUUUGAUUUGCACCAAAUUCUUCUGCGUUACCCCAAUUGGCAUUUCUCUGUUAAGAAGAAUCCUCAAUCUGCUAGUCAUGAUCAGCAAACAUUUAACUCUAGUAAUGCCUCUUCUGGAUGGGAUAUUCUGAGAACAUUAUCACAGACAAGUUAUUUCAUGUCAACGCCACAUUUUGAAAGGAUCUGGUGGGACAAAGGCUCUGAUUUAAGAAGGCCAAUUUCAAUCUGGCGACCAAUUCCACGUCAGGGUUUUGCUCCCCUCGGUGAUUGCAUAACAGAGGGGUUAGAACCACCAGCUCUUGGACUAGUUUUCAAAUGUGACAACUCGGUGAUUUCGUCCAAUCCUAUUCAAUUUACUAAAGUUGCUCAUGCUGUUGGCAAAGGGCUUGAAGAUGCUUUUUUCUGGUACCCAAUUCCUCCCCCAGGCCAUGCUUCUUUGGGAUGUGUUGUCACUAGAAAAGAUGAAGCACCUCGAAAGGAGUCAUUUUGUUGUCCAAGGAUUUAUCUCGUUAAUCAAGCAAAUGUAUUUGAGGAACCAAUCUCUAGAUCUACUAGUUCAAAGGGUCUCAAUUGCUGGAGCAUUUGGAAAGUUGAAAAUCAGGCAUACACAUUUCUUGCACGAUCUGAUCUAAAAAAACCCUCAAGUCGUCUGGCAUACACAAUAAGUGAAUGCGUGAAACCUAAAACACGUGAAAACAUCAGUGCUGAGAUGAAGUUGGGGUGCUUUUCACUCACUGUCUUAGAUAGCUUUCUUGGAACAAUGACACCAGUAAUUGAUACAACUAUCACAAAUAUAAAUCUUGCCACACACGGGGGGCUUGAAGCAAUGAAUGCCGUACUUAUUUGUUCAAUGGCUGCAUCAACAUUCAACAGACAGUUGGAAUCAUGGGAGCCUCUUGUUGAACCAUUUGAUGGAAUAUUCAAACUUGAGACGUAUGAUACAUGUGAGCAUCCUCCUUCAAAAAUUGGAAAGCGUAUUCGUGUUGCUGCGACUAGUUCCCUUAAUCUGAAUGUCAGUGCAGCCAAUCUUGAGACCAUAUCCGACACUGUUGUUUCAUGGGAGAGACAGAAUAACUUGGUCCAUACAUUGUCUAAAAAAGCUGAGGUAGCUGGCGAAGUUUCAAAAAAUUCUCAUUUAUCAUUUUCAGCAUUGCAUGAAGAUGAUUUACAAAAAGUGGUCAUUGAAAAUAAGCUAGGUUGUGAUAUUUACCUGAGGAAAAUAGAAGAAAUCUCCGAAGAUAUUGAAUUGUUACGAAGUAACAACCAUACAUCGUUGUUGGUACCGCCUCCACGGUUCUCUGAUAGGUUGAACGUAGCAACAAAAUCUAGGGAAACACGCUAUUAUGUCUCCAUACAAAUUUUUGAGUCCAAGGGCUUUCCCAUUGUUGACGAUGGAAAUAAGCAAGACUACUUUUGUGCACUACGCCUUUUAAUUGACAGCAAGGUAUCAGAUCAAUACAAGCUUUUUCCACAAAGUGCAAGGACACGAUGUGUGAGACCAUUGGUAUCAGAGGUAAAUGGCAUGGCUGUGGGCUAUGCUAAGUGGAAUGAAGUUUUCAUAUUUGAAGUUCCUGAAAAGGGCUUCGCUAAUUUGGAAGUAGAAGUUACAAACCUAGCUGCUAAAGCUGGGAAAGGUGAAGUCAUAGGUGCAUUAUCUGUUCCUCUCAGUAUAAGUUGCAAUACCCUAAAACGGGCUACUUCUAUAAGAAUGCUACAGCAAGCCGUAGGUUAUGAUGGUCGGAAUAUUUCAUCAUAUGCUUUACGGAAGAGGGUUCAUAAUCAUGUAGAGAAUAAUGACUGUGGUAUGUUGGUAAUUUCUACCGCAUAUUUUGAACGCAAUAUUGACAUGAAUUUUCAAAAAAGUAUACAAAGUGCAAUUCUUGUUGAUAGAGAUGUUGGUUUCUGGGUUGGGCUUGGGCCUGACGGACCAUGGGAAACCUUUAGUUCAGUAUUGCCAUUAUCCGUUGUUCCUAAAUCGCUUGACGGAAACCCUUUUGCAUUUGAAGUACUUAUGAGAAAUGGCAGGAAACAUGCUCUGCUUAGGGCUCUUGCGGUUAUCAAGAAUGAAACUGAUAUCAAGGUAGAAGUUUCUUUAUGUCCUUCCUCCAUGCUAAACAGUCCUAUUCUAAAUGAGGGUAGGGAAAAUCCUGCUGUUGAAUUGGAAGAAAUAUUUGAAAAUCAGCGAUAUCAACCAAUUUCUGGGUGGAGAAAUUUAUCCAAUUUUCAUGGUGACCCAGAACAUUGGAGUACAAGGGAUUUUUCAUACUCAUCGAAGGAAUUCUUUGAGCCGCCUCUGCCCUCUAGUUGGCGGUGGAUUUCUGCCUGGAGGAUUGAUAAGUCCGACCUUGUCGACAGUGAUGGUUGGGCAUAUGGAACUGAUUUUCAGAACUUAAAAUGGCCUCCAAGUUCGUCGAUGUCUUCCUCAAAAUCAGCUCUACAUUUUGUACGGAGAAGACGAUGGAUACGCAAUAGACAACUAAUACCUGAUCAAAACAUUAAUGACCAUAGGAAUAUCAUAACCAUUAUAGAUCCAGCCUCUUCAUCUUUUUUGCCAUGGACCAGUAUGGCAAGCGAUUCAGAUUUGUUUUUGCAGGUUCGUCCGUACGUUGAGAAUCCUCAGGAAUUAUAUGUUUGGGGUCAAAUAGUGGCCUUGGGCUUCAGCAAAGAUCAGUCUGCCAAUCAGUUGGCUUCUGUUACUAGACAGAACAUGCUGAGCCAACUAAGCAUGCUCAACUCAUGUUUGAGGUUGAACAAUCUUGAAAAGAAUGAUAUACUGUUGUGCUGCAAUCCUUGCAUCAGUGGUAGACAAAGUACAUGGUUCAGUGUUGGGACUGAUGCUUCAGUUCUUCACACAGAAUUAAAUGCUCCUAUUUAUGAUUGGAAAAUAUCCAUCAAUUCUGUUCUCAAGUUGGAAAACAAGCUUCCCUAUGAAGCUGAAUAUGCUAUUUGGGAGAAAACAAUUCAAGGGAAUAUGGUUGAACGGCAGCAUGGUAUUGUAUCAUCAAAUGGCAGUUCUUUUAUUUCUUCGGCUGACAUACAUAGGCCUAUCUACCUUACAUUGUUUGUUCGUGGUGGUUGGAUAUUAGAGAAGGAAGCUGUUCUGAUUAUGAAUCUCUUAAACCUUGACCAUGAUUCGUCAUUUUGGCUGAUUCAUCAACAAAGUAAGAGGAGGGUUCGUGUUAGCAUUGAGUAUGAUAUGGGAGGAACUGAUGCUGCUCCAAAGUCGGUGAGGUUGUUUGUUCCAUAUUGGAUUUGUAAUGAUUCAUCAGUACCAUUAUCAUAUCGCAUAGAGGAGGUUGACCCGUUGGACAAUUUGGAUGCUGAACCUCUUGCAACAGCUCGAGUCGUUAAAUCUGCAAAGUUUACUUUGAAACAUAGCUCAAAAUCCAUUGACAGAAGGCCCUCUAACUCGAGGGGAAACAGUGGUAUUCUGGAAGUAAUAGAUGAUUUCAACACAAAUUGUGUUAUGCUGUCAACUCAAGACUACAUUGGUCAAGGCGGAGCUUCAUCAUUCUCAUCUUGCAAUGAUGGCCUUUUAUCAACACGUGUUGGUAUCUCCGUUGCUGUUCAUAAUUCUGAACGCUAUAGCUCUGGAAUUUCAUUUACUGAUCUUGAAAGGAUGGAGCAAGUUGAUGUUAAAGCAUAUUCUUCAGAUGGGUCCUAUUUCAAGCUGUCAGCGCAGCUUAGAAUGUCUUCUGACAGAACGAAGGUAAUCAGCUUUCUACCGCAUACUUUAUUUAUCAAUAGAGUUGGACGAAUCGUGUAUCUGUCCCAAUGUGAUGCUGAGUUGGUACAGUUAUUGCAACCAAGUGAUCCUCCGAAGAUCUUGAAAUGUCAAUCCAGUUCUGGAAGCGAACUGUUGAAGUUGAGUCUUGAUGGCUGCAAUUGGAGCUCACCAUUUAGCAUAAGAAACAACGGUAUGAUGUGUAUAUGCAUUAAGAACGAUAAUGGAGAUCGUCAGGUUUACUUGAGAGUUGAAGUUCGUAAUGGAUUGAAGACCUCCCGCUAUGAAGUUGUUUUUCGUCUUUCCUCAUUUUAUAGUCCCUAUAGAAUUGAAAAUCGUUCACGCUUUCUACCUCUACGUUUUCGACAAGUGGGCAAUAGUGAUGAUUUCUGGCAUUAUCUUCUACCUAAUUCAGCGGCUCCGUUCUUCUGGGAAGAUCUUGGUAGGCGGCAUCUGUUGGAAAUUUUGGUUGAUGGUGCUGACCCCAUCUAUUCUCAGCAGUUCAAUAUUGAUGAGGUUAAGGAUCAUCAAACUAUAGUAACAUCUAUUGAACCUACUAGAGCUCUGCGUCUUAUGAUUUUUAAAGAAGGGAAACUGCAGAUCACCAGAAUUAGUGAUUGGAUGCCAGAAAAUGAUGUGCCCAUAAUUACCCAUGAAAAUGUUUUGUUGCCUGUGUUUGAACCUUCGGAGAAUGAUUAUAAGCAGUCGUCUUCAGAAUUGGAUAGUGAAUUUCACAUUACAUGUGAGCUUGCUGAGUUUGGAUUAUCGAUUAUUGACCACAUGCCUGAGGAGAUCCUUUAUGUAUCAGUUCAAAAUCUUAUUUUCUCAUAUUCAUCUGGGUUGGGUUCUGGAAUUAGUAGAGUGAAGUUACGAAUGAAUGGGGUCCAAGUAGACAAUCAAUUACCUUUUACUCCCAUGCCAGUUAUAUUUGGGCCGCAAAAAGUUGGAGAUCAGCUGGAUUAUGUUCUGAAGUUCUCCAUGACUAUGCAGACAAACAGUUCGCUAGAUUUUUGUGAAUACCCAUACCUGGGCUUUCAAGUUCCUGAUAACUCGGCUUUCUUAGUAUACAUUCAUGAACCAAUUAUUUGGCGCCUUCAUGAGUUGUUUCAACAAGUGAAGUUUGGUAGAUUUUUCGGAUCAACAGACACUGCUGUUUCAGUUGAUCCAAUAAUAAAAAUUGGGCUUCUCAACAUCUCUGAGGUCCGAUUUAAAGUGUCAAUGGCAAUGUCUCCAUCCCAACGGCCAAGGGGUGUGCUGGGAUUUUGGUCAUCUUUGAUGACUGCUUUAGGGAAUACUGAGCAUAUGCAGAUUCGUAUUGGACAAAAAUAUCGUGAAGAGAUAUGCAUGCGUCAAAGUGCUCUUAUAAGUACUGCAAUUUCUAACAUUCAAAAGGAUCUUCUCAGUCAUCCAUUUCAGCUUCUUUCUGGCGUUGACAUCCUUGGCAAUGCAAGCAGUGCACUGAGCAACAUGAGCAAAGGUGUUGCAGCUUUAUCCAUGGACAAGAAAUUUAUUCAAAGUCGACAGAAACAGGAUAGCAAAGCGGUGGAGGACUUUGGCGAUGUGAUUAGAGAGGGAGGCGGAGCCCUUGCAAAGGGCCUCUUCAGAGGCGUGACCGGAAUACUAACAAAGCCUCUUGAAGGAGCCAAAUCUUCUGGUGUUGAGGGUUUUGUGCAGGGUUUCGGCAAAGGAAUAAUUGGUGCUGCUGCCCAACCUGUUAGCGGGGUCCUUGAUCUUCUUUCAAAAACUACUGAAGGUGCCAAUGCUGUAAGAAUGAAGAUAGCUUCUGCUAUUACAUCAGAGGAACAACUGCUUCGGAGACGUCUUCCUCGAGUAAUUGGUGGGGAUAAUUUACUAAGGCCAUAUGAUGCAUAUAAAGCAACUGGACAGGUUAUCCUGCAGCUGGCGGAAUCUGGUUCCUUCUUUGGCCAGGUUGAUCUGUUUAGAGUUAGGGGAAAAUUUGCAUUUUCAGAUGCAUAUGAAGAUCACUUUGUACUUCCGAAGGGAAAAAUUCUUCUAGUCACUCACAGAAGAGUGUUGUUGUUACAGCAACCAGUGAAUAUAUUGGGUCAGAGGAAAUUUAAUCCAGCUAGGGAUCCCUGCUCCGUAAUGUGGGAUGUGUUGUGGGAGGAUCUAGUGACCAUGGAAUUGACCCAUGGAAAGAAGGACUACAUGGAAUCACCUCCUUCACGCUUGAUAUUAUACAUGCAAAUAAAGUCUCCUGACUCAAAAGAAAAUGUCCGUAUCAUCAAAUGCACUCGUGGAUCACAACAAGCUAAUGAAAUUUUUUCAUCAAUUCAGGAAGCUUUGGUAGCUUAUGGACCAAAUGCUUCAAAGGAUAAUAAGAGAAGAAAAAUGCCUAGACCAUAUACCCCUUGCAAUGCCACUGCCUUACCCGAGGUAUUUCCAAAGGAAGUGUAUGAUUCAUGGGGUGUUCAAGAAACUCAGGAAUCAGCUCAGCUAACUUCAUCUUUUGGCACAGUGGUUUCACAAUCUCAGCCUAAGUAGCCAUAUUGAAAGCAAAUAUGCAUUCAAGGAUAUAUGAUGGUCAUUUAUUGUGUUUUUAAGCAGCAAAAGCUUCAGGAAGCUUCUCGUGUCGUCAGUUUAUAGUAUUUUUUGUUGUACAGAAAUGCUGUAAAUAAUAUUACCAGUGUGCUGCUUCCAUUCAUCAAUGGCGCUACAUUGCUAGAUUCAUGUUUAUAUUUCUAUCUUAAUUAGGGUUUUAUCGUCAUUUCAUGAUGGA